GCCACUGAGCAAACGAUCCUCAGACUUGUUUGUUCUCAUUUGCCUACUGGUCAUUUUCUCUGCCGCGCUCUGAUUCAAAUCUUAUUCUCAAAGAGAAAAGUAGGCAUGGGAAAGAAACUUGAUGCUCUUUUUGGGAGAAACUUCAAGUCCUACAAGUUCAAGCCACAAGUCAAUCUUGCCAUUUCUCGCCUUGCCGUUCUCAAGCACCAACGCCAAGUCAAAUGCAACCAGGCCCGCUCCGAUGUCGUUCAGCUUCUCCAACAAGGCUACCAAGAACGUGCUCUCCUUCGAGUUGAGUAUGUGAUCAAGGAGCAAAAUAUGUUGGAUGCUUUCGUCAUGAUGGAAAGCUACUGCAAUCUACUUAUUGAAAGGGUUCACCUCAUUGAACAAGACAAAGAGUGUCCCACUGAAUUGAAGGAGGCGAUAUCAACAUUGCUCUUUGCAGCUUCAAGAUGCGGAGAGUUUCCAGAGCUUCAAGAGAUUCGUGCGUUGUUCACAUCUCGCUAUGGCAAGGAAUUUGUGAAUCGUGCUGUUGAAUUACGCAACAAUUGUGGAGUGAGCGCCAGGAUGAUACAAAAGCUGUCAACCCGUCAGCCAGAGCUGGAGAUCAGAAUGAAAGUGCUCAAGGAUAUUGCCACAGAGAAUGGUAUUGUUCUGCAACUUGAGGAAUCCUCUUCUAUUACCAAUCAGGAAAACUGGGAUGUAAGCAAGAAACAAAACCAGGCUGAACUGAAAACAUCAACUUCACAAAAUUCUCCUAAUGAACUCAGAAAAGAUGAUGAGUUUUCUGAUUCGAUAAAGGCAAAGAAGAAGUACAAGGAUGUGGCAGAUGCAGCUCAAGCUGCCUUUGAGUCAGCUGCUUAUGCAGCAGCAGCUGCAAGAGCAGCUGUGGAGCUCUCAAGAUCUGAAUCCCAUGAUCCCGAUGAUCACAGUGGUCCUAGUACUGGGCAAAGAAAAGAAACUGGAAGAGACAAGCCCAUGGAACUUGAAUCUGAAUCUAAAAUCAAAGAAAUUAAUGCUGAAAGCAAAACUGCAGAAUCAAAUCACAAUGAGAAAGUAGCAGACCUUGAGAGGUCAAUUUCUAGUUCAGGUUCAGACUUACCAGAAGAUGAUUUAAAGGUGAUUACAGUGUCCUCUGAUGAAGUGGACAGCGAGGGCUCAGUUGUUUCUCGUAAGCAGAUCGAAUCAAGCUCUCAAGCUAGUCUGAAAGUGAAGAGUGGACAAUCCAGUGCACAUGCUACUCAAGGAUCUGGGUUAGGAAGUAAACAGCAUUUAGACAUGGCUAUGCAUCCAAUGUCAGUUAGGACCAGAUUCACCAGACAAGUGCGCGGGUACUAAAAAGUGUGUAUAUGCUAAAUAUCAGUGUGUAAGUCUCAUGACUUGUGUAUUCAUGCCAUAGGCUUAUCAGCCAAACUGCCCUUUCUUUUUCAUUUUUCUCCCAUAUUUUUUAAAUAAUGUUGAAACUGUGUGAUUGUUUUGGAAUGCAAGUAGUGCUGAGAUUUUUUCUGAGUUAA